AACUGUUUUUUUCGUUUUUACUGACAUGAAGUGGAUGUGAUUCCUUGUCUUACAACAUUAGUUGUUAUCGUCUGAUGGAGAGGACAUGCUUCACAGCUAACCAAAUUAUUUGUACAGCCAGGUUGUGGACUUCAAUCUUAAAACUGACUCUUAAUGCUCCGAAAUGGAAUAUCUGCUCCAGGUGAAAAUAGGCGCUCUGGUCGGUUUAUUGCUGCUAACUCUUCUUUUUGGAUUCAUCCCUGCUCGAGUCAAAUGGUUCAGAAACACAAACGGGACAGAAACACACCGAACAGUUCUGAGUUUGAUCAGCUGCUUUGCCGGCGGGGUUUUCCUGGCAGCAUGUUUGCUGGACAUCAUCCCAGAUUAUUUGUCGGAUGUCAGGGAUGUGCUGGAUGCUCAAAAGGUGGAGACCAGCUUUCCCCUUCCAGAGUUCAUCAUGGCUGCCGGCUUCUUCCUAGUCCUCAUAGUGGAGAGGAUAGUCUUGAACUUUCGGGAGAUGAGAGGGUCUCGUGAGGAGAGGUCUCCGCUCAUGGCCGACAACAGGAACGGGCACGGGCACGGGCACAGCCACGGAGCAGCCGAUCUGGAGAGCAGCGGCCACCACGUCCACGUUGACUUUCAGGCUCACUCUCCCUUUCGUUCCUUCAUGCUCUUCCUCUCUCUUUCGCUCCAUUCGGUGUUUGAGGGUCUUGCCAUAGGCCUGCAGAGCACCGACUCAAAGGUAUUAGAAAUCUGCAUUGCUAUUCUUGUCCACAAGAGCAUCAUAGUGUUCAGCCUGUCUGUGAAGCUGGUCCAGAGCGAAGUUCGUCCACUGUGGGUCGCCGCGUACAUCGGAGUGUUCGCCGUGAUGUCACCUCUAGGCAUCGGCAUCGGCAUCAGCGUGGUGGAGGCCCAGCUGGCGUCCGGAGCUCUGAUCCAGGCCGUCCUCGAGGGGCUCGCCGCGGGGACGUUCGUUUACAUCACCUUCCUGGAGAUCCUCCCGCACGAGCUCAACUCCCCCGGGAAGCAGCUCCUCAAGGUGCUCUUCAUCCUGCUGGGCUUCUCUGUCAUGGCGGGGCUGACGUUUGUGGGCUGAGACUGAAACCUGCGGGCCGUUUCAUUUCACAUCCGUCACGAUGUGACUUGUACGAUUUGUGCCAUCUACUGCAGCUCCCAUUAAUCUGUGGGUCACUUCAUUUUAGAGAAUCAGAAUCAGAUUUAAUUCUGCACUGUUACGUCCAACCGUCAUAGGGAGCAUGACAAAGCAUGUUGGUCUUUUAUUACUUUCAGUAUGCUUUUAAUGAUUUUAUGGUCAGAAGAACCACUGAGUAGAAGAAAAAGAGUCUCCUAACUUUGAAAGACACUUUGAACCUGCAAAUCAAACUGCUGUCCUUUUAUGUUUUACAUUAUUAAGAAGACAAACGAAGGGCAAUUCAGUUAAACUGAUCAAAUUGUUUAUUAAUUAUUACCUCCACAUCUUUAAUGUUUACAUGACGAGUCUUGUUUCCUUAAAGGUACCGAGCUGACUCUGCCUUGACUUUUGUUGAAGUAUUCUAAGUAGGUCUAUUUGCAAAAUGUAGAUUUUUUUUUUUUUUUUUUAGUGCUUUUAGAAAGCUUUUAAACGGCGAAUCUGAUGUGGUGCUUCUACAUUCGUCCAGACAUGUGUGAAAUGACUGACUUUUUAUCGUGGACAAAUACCGAAGCUAGAAUGAGUCAUCACAUUGAGGAGCGCAAUAUAAACUCAAACUGCUGCCUGAUAACAUUUUACAAGCCACUGUAAAGUGCAAUAUGGACCAAGAAACCCAAAUAUUAUUUCUGUCACGGUCCUAUGUGAAGGGACUUUAAUGAAAAACUGAAAACCAAUAUGUUUAAAUGCUUUAAUCAUUCAGCCUGCUUACACUCGCAGGGAACUACAGAGACAAUGCAUGGACUUAUAGCCUUAAACAUUUUGUAUUUAACUACAAUUCCUGUUUCACUCUGUCAUAUGACUCUCAUCGGGUCAAACAGCGGGUACACAAUGGGUGUGCGUGGCUUGGUUGUCAUGAAAAAAAAGGGAACAUGUCAGCAUAAUGUUGAUUCUUAUGCAGCAUGACUCAAUUUUUUUUUUGGCAGCUCUUAUGUUCACCCAAAUAAACAGAUACGACUAUUUCACUCCAGUGUUAAUCUGCCACAUGCUACAGCACCAACAUGUACACUGUGAUAUGUACAGAAAUAAUCACCACCUGUUUCUAAGCAGAACUGCAAGUAUGAUUGUGUGCCUUAUUGUCAUUCAUCUCAUGUUGUGUAAAUCUGAUCAGAGUAAAUAUAUUAUCACACUACAACUCAA